AUGACAAAUCGAAAGUCAAAUGUAUCUGCUGACUCAAUCUUCCGGAUCGCAGACAGCUCGGUCCUCCGUUCACCCAUGCCAAGACACAUAAGCUCGCUUCAUUCCAUAGGUACAACUCCAAGCAUACUUGAUAAACGUGGUCCAAUAAAAACCGGGAAGCUUAUACGGCCGACGCCUAUAGUGCCUGCACUCGGCAUACCAACAACGCGCAAGCAAUAUGAUUAUACUAGCUCAUCGUUAGCUUAUGAUAAAUUAAAACGGAACACAACCCCAGAAAAGUUUUCCUCGCCAGAGGCGCGUUUACCCGAGUCAAAUAACGAUUUUGGCUGUGAGAAAAAGGUCGCCAAGUCCAUACCAGCGCGUCGACAAAGUUACGAGGUAAGCUCGCUCCCUAAUCCUUUGAUAGAAGACGGUUAUCGACCGGAGAAAGGCAUAUACAUGACUCAUUGGCAUUUGAGAUGCAUUUCCGCACGCGGAUUGAAUCUUCCAGGUGAUCUUAACGUUUGGGUAGUGUUGAAAGGAAUACGGAAAUACAAAAGACAAUGGAAGGAAUGGCAUUCGUCAGCAAUUGUCGAUAGAGUUGAAUCGCGGGUAGUACAGACAUUGAGUGGACAAAUGUACUACCUAGCUGGUGAAGUCAUUGCUGAUUUAAUGAUAGAAUAUGGAUUUUCAUCAGAGUUAAUAUCUCGAUUUUCGCAAGGAUUUCCUUCAGAUUGGAAAGCCUUGCUGGCUCUUGAAUUCGGAAGACAUCAAAGUCAUAAAAUAAUGACGAUGACAUCUACGCCUACAAAGCCCAACAAUGUUGUGAAUUUCGAUCAAGAUCGCUGUACGGAAGAUGAUCUUUCUACCAAAUCACCUCCCCGUGAGAUUUCUGAUACAAGCAAGGAUGUGUUAAGCAAGGAUUUGAUUAGCAAGGCCGAGCCGAUUAUCCCAUCACCAGAGGCGGUGAUUGUAUCAAAAGACGUAAUUGCCAUCACUCGCUCAGGACGUCGAAUAAAACGGCCUGGUGCUUGGUGGGCUUACAACCACUGA